CCUCACAUCGGACAGGACACUCUCCUCCUCCUGCUCCUCCUCUUGUGUCUUCAUGGUCGAGUCCAGUCCAGGAGGUCCCGGCUGGGUGGCGUGAUGCUGCAGUGGACUUGCUGUGAUUAAGACAAGAAAACAAACAUUUGAGAUGGAAAUGAGAACCUCAACAUAGCUUUCUUUUCCCUGUUAUCACUUCUUGGAAUUUCUUUUUUUGGGGGUGGUGGGUGCCUACUCCUCCUCCUCCUCCUCCAGCAGCAGCAGCAGCCUCACUACCAGGAUGACUUCCUUUCCGGCACUUGUGAUAGUGUACACUCUUGUGACGCUAACGACGGCGGCGUCCAAGAGCGAGCGGGCGGUGCAGCUUCCGUGCGACUCGGCCCAGUACACCAAGGACGGCGAGUGCUGCAAGGAGUGCCCCCCCGGGGAGGGCGUGGUCCGGCCGUGCGGCGCCACCCAGACCGUCUGCUCGCAGUGCCUCGACAGCGAGACCUUCUCCGAGAACUACAGCCACACGGAGGAGUGCCAACCCUGCACGGAGUGCACGGGCCUCAUGCGCAUGGAGACGCCCUGCACGGACUCCAACGACGCCAUCUGCGUGUGCCGCUACAACUUCUACUUCAACGGCGUGUCGGGCCGCUGCGAGCCGUGCACCGUGUGCCCCGCCGGCCAGGGCGUGUUUGCGCACUGCGAGCACGACCACGACACCGUGUGCGAGGAGUGCGUGGACUACACCUUCUCGGACCGCGAGAGCUCCCUGGACCCCUGCCUGCCUUGCACCAUCUGUGACGACGAGACCGAGAUCCAGCUGGCUCAUUGCACCCCCACUAGCGACUCUGUCUGCCACAACCCUCUGCUGCCCACCUACUUCCCAUCCACCUCCUCCGAAACGGAGCCCAUGUCCCCCGUCUACACCAACUACUUCCUCCCCGACGGCUCCGACCCGCCGCCGCUUGACGAAACCACCACGUCCAGCGCCGGCUCGCCGCGCUUUCUCGGCCGUGGCCUCAACGAGAACCUCAUCCCCAUCUCCUGCUCCGUCCUGGCGGCCGUGGCGCUGGUGGGCCUGGGGGUGUGCCUUGUUCUGAAGAGGUGGAACAGCUGCAAGCAGAACAAACAGGCGGCUAACAAUCGUGCGGCGGCGGCAGCAGCGGCGGCGGCGGAGGCGACACACAACCAGACGGUGACGCCCGAGGGCGAGAAGCUGCACAGCGACAGCGGCAUCUCGGUGGACAGUCAGAGUCUUCAGGAACAACAACAGGCUCAGGCCGACAUCCAGGCCGCGCCCCCACGCUCGCGCACACAGGAACAGAUAGUGGUGAGGGUGGACGGCGGCCCCCAGCCUGUCACGCCUCCUCCCGAAGUCUGAUGAAGAAGACGAGGAAGACGGCGGAGAGGAGAGCGGGGAUCUAAAAUGGUGGUUCUCGACGGGAGGGGGAGGGGGGGGGCACAAAGACUUCUGAAUCGUCCCAAAGACUUCCAGUAGCCGGACCUCCUUUGGACCCGCCCCGACUCUUCAUCCCUGCAUGCAGAGUCUCUAGAACCAUGUGCCUGGACUCUUAUCGCCCCCCCCCCCCCCAGUAACCAACUGUAGAUGAUCCAAGUGCAUCUUAGGGAAUAUUCCACCAUUUCUUACUAACUGCCAACACUUUGAAUGCGAGCUUUACGUUUUUUUUUUUUUUUUUGCCCUUAAACUCAAACGCGACGACUAGCCUUGAAAACACAGCCGUGCCUGGAAGGUGGACUCGCGCUCCUUCCUUCACAUCCUCCUUUCAGGAGCUUCACGCCGCAUUGCUCUACCUUCGGUUAUUUGUCAGGCGGCUCCCGACCUGUCGGGAAUCGGGAGGAAGGUCAAGCUGACCGCCUCUGCCCUCUUCGUGGGUGGGGUGGGGGGGGAGAUGGUGUCUUCUUUCACUUUUCACGCCGUUUAACGUUUCUUUCUCCUUCGGCCUUUUCACUUUGCGGUUUGCAGCAAAGCUCGGCUGACUCAGCGGCUUUGCUGCGUGCGCAACGUGAGACGAAAGCGCUGACUCACCGCCGUGACUCGAUGCCGGCCGAUGGGGCGGGCGAUGCAAGCGGGGCCUCCAGACGGCCUGCGGUGACGUCAGCGCUGACCCUGAACGCACCGCGGCGCUUUAGACGAACUGCGGCCAACACAGUCCAUUAAAGGGAGGCUUCUAAAGGGAGGGGGGGGGGGUUAAUUAACCUAAAAUGUGAAAACUCAUGACAUACCAAUUUAAUAAUGAUUUGGAGUGCUUGAAAAAGUGGAAAGGAAAACCUGAUUCUCACACCGUCAACACAACAGAAAGAGAACCAAUGUUGUAUAAUAUGUAAUAAGGAGGAAACUGCUUAGUCAGCAUUUUAAAGCGCACGUAGAGGUUGCGACAAAUUUGCUAACUUGCUAAUUAGCUAAUUUGCUAAUUUGCCGAGGGUCCACCACACGACAAAACAAGCCACUUCUUACACAUUCAACUUGUAAGGGGGCAGCGUACUGUAAACUGGUACAGGAACCCCCCCCCCGCUCCCCUUAUGGUAGGAUUAUGCUAACAUGGACACAAAAACGCCAAGGCUGAGAGUGUCGCAUUCUGACUCCAACAGUCCACAGCUCACUACAGCCCCUGCAGGUGGGGGGUGGGGUGGGGUAAAUUAACCUAAAAUGUGAAAACUCAUGACAUACCAAUUUAAUAAUGAUUUGGAGUGCUUGAAAAAGUGGAAAGGAAAACCUGAUUCUCACACCGUCAUCACAACAGAAAGAGAACCAAUGUUGUAAUAUGUAAUAAGGAAACUGCUUAGUCAGCAUUUUAAAGCGCACAUAGAGGUUGAUAACGCUACAAAUUUGCUAACUUUCUAAUUAGCUAAUUUGCUAAUUUGCCGAGGGUCCACCACACGACAAUAUUAUCCACUUCUUACACAUUCAACCUGUAAGGGGGCAGGGUACCGUAAACUGGUUCAGGACCCCCCCCUUAUGGUAGGAUUAUGCUAACAUGGACACAAAAACGCCAAGGCUGAGAGUGUUGCAUUCUGACUCCAACAGUCCACAGCUCACUACAGCCCCUGCAGGUGGGGGGUGGGGUGGGGUAAAUUAACCUAAAAUGUGAAAACUCAUGACAUACCAAUUUAAUAAUGAUUUGGAGUGCUUGAAAAAGUGGAAAGGAAAACCUGAUUCUCACACCGUCAACACAACAGAAAGAGAACCAAUGUUGUAUAAUAUGUAAUAAGGAGGAAACUGCUUAGUCAGCAUUUUAAAGCGCACGUAGAGGUUGAUAACGCUACAAAUUUGCUAACUUGCUAAUUAGCCGAGGGUCCACCACAGGACAAAACAAGCCACUUCUUACACAUUCAACCUGUAAGGGGGCAGCGUACUGUAAACUGGUACAGGAACCCCCCACCCUUAUGGUAGGAUUAUGCUAACAUGGACACAAAAACGCCAAGGCUGAGAGUGUCGCAUUCUGACUCCAACAGUCCACAGCUCACUACAGCCCCUGCAGGAGGGGGGUGGGGGGGUUAAAAAAGUGGGGAUUAUUGUCACAACGGGAUAAUCCCUCGUCAUGAUCUGUGGCCGCCGUCUCGUUUGACGGGCAGGGCCGAGGCGCUAGCGCGUUGGCGCUCACGUCACCGCGGUGGCCAUUAGAGAGUCAGUGUGACUGACAGGUAGCAAUUACCGGCGGCGACAGCAUCCUUCAUGGUUUGGGCGCACGUGUGUGUGUGUUUAUGUGUGUGUGUGUGUGUGUGUGUGUGUGUGUGGGCACCAGCCUCUUUGAAGCUCAUGACAUUCUGGAUCUCUUAUCCGCGUUUACAGCUGCUGACAUUUCCUGUAUGGAAGAGUCACUUCACAGGGAUGGACACCUUUUAUCCCCCCCCCACGCCCUCCUCCCCCUGUGACAUAUAAAUACCUUUCAAAGACCUCAAACGCAGCGUGAAAGUGACCUGCUAUAUAUUUUUACAAUAGUGCAAGAUCAUUGGGGAGAUUUGAUUCAAUUGAUGAAUGCUGAGGCAGGAGAAGGAGAAACGUUAGUCAACAUCCAACCUUCUGGUCCUCCUUUCUCUUCUAAAGUGAUUCAUUCUGCAUGAUGGAAGCCGAGGAAAACAAGAAUGUGUGUGUGUGUGUGUGUGUGUGUGCGCACGUGACAUGUUAUGAUUCACGCUUCUGUGGAGAGGCAGAGUGGGUGUGAUUCAUCCACAUCCUGACUGUGACAUUCAAACAGAAGCUGUUACGGUGCAUGAGGGGAGAACGUGGCUUUACCGCCCCCCCC